CUCAUUUUGUGUCACUCUUAUCGAUGUAAGUAAGCGGAUUGCCUGUUUCUAAAAUGAUUCCACUCGAGGCUCAGUCGUUCAUUUUCGGUCUCCGGGUGACCAUGUCACACGUGCAUACAAACAAUACGAUGAGUUGUAAAGUUUGUGAAGGAUUAUGAAAAAAACAUUACCAAAUAAGGAGUCUUUUUCCUUUAGAAAAAACCUUUAUCUGACAAGGAUGCAGCGUAUUUUUCAAACUCAAGCGUCUCGGAUAGAGAUCUGCGCAAAAUGCCUCGCGAGAAAACAUUCUUCAAACAUACAAGUGCUUAAUAAUCUCGGAACAAGAAACACGUGCAAUUUAGUGACAAAAUUUCAUUCUUUUACAAUAAACACCAAGUCACAAAGUUGGAAUGAACACCAUAAAUCACUUUGGAAUUCAACAGGAAAGCAUAUUAGAUACGCUAGUACUGGUGUUACUAAAGACAGCAAGUUUUUAUAUCGAGGUGAUUUGAAACAAGCAAAUAGGAUCUUGGUGAAAUUAGGAAGUGCAGUUAUAACACGAGAAGAUGAAAGUGGUCUCGCUCUAGGUCGACUUGCGUCAAUUGUGGAACAGAUAUGUGAGUUGCAGAAAGAAGGAAAGCAGAUGAGUAUGGUUACUAGUGGUGCCGUGGCGUUCGGUAAGCAGAAACUCCGCCGCGAGAUCCUCAUGUCACAGAGCGUCCGGCAAACUCUUUCAGCAGGCGGGAAAUCGAGCGUUCCAUUCCUCGAGCCGAGAGCUUGCGCGGCCGCCGGACAGAGUGGUCUAAUGUCACUUUACGAAGCAAUGUUUGCACAAUACGGGUUCAAGACUGCUCAGGUCCUAGUCAGUCACCGAGACUUCCAGAAUGAGUUCACGAGUAACGUUCUACAAGAGACGCUGCACGAGCUACUGUACUACAACAUCAUACCGAUCAUCAACGCUAAUGACGCCAUUGUUUCACCACCGGAACUGAACGCCGACGGUAUAAGUACUGUCAAAGACAACGACAACCUCGCAGCAAGACUGGCUGUCAAAAUGAACACAGAUCUGUUGGUAAUUAUGUCUAAUGUUGAUGGUGUCUACAUCAAUCCACCGGAAGUAGAAGGCUCCAGACUGCUAAAAACAUUCUCUCCAAAAGUAGAUCUCGAAAACGUGAUGUUUAAAGGCAAAUCUAGUGUUGGACUUGGCGGGAUGGAAUCAAAGGUAAUGGCAGCAACAUGGGCACUAGAUAGGGGUGUGUCCGUGGUCAUAUGUAGUGGUCGUGGCUACAGAGCCCUCAGCAAUAUCGUUAAUGGGAAAAGUGUGGGCACUUUCUUUACUAACGCCAAAUCUUCCAACAGCCCAGUGGAACUAGAAGCUAUACAAGCAAAAGAAGCCAGUCUGAAAUUACAAUCACUGAACCCGAACCAAAGACAGGAAAUAAUUGAGCGCCUGUCCGAGCUACUGAUUGAAAGACAGGACGAGAUUCUCGCGGCAAACAGGCGAGAUUUGCUCCAGGCUAGAUGUGAAGGCAUUUCAGAUGCUCUAAUUUCUCGGCUGGAAUUAUCACCGUCCAAGUUACGAACAUUGUCCACUGGUUUACGGCAGAUAGCGGCAUCCUCCAUACAGACGAUUGGCAGAGUUUUGCAGUCAACAGAGAUAAGCGAGAAAAUGACCUUGAAAAAGGUCACGGUGCCAAUCGGCGUCCUUCUUGUCAUAUUUGAAUCCCGUCCCGAUUGUCUGCCACAGGUUGCGGCACUGGCAAUAAGUAGUGGCAAUGGUUUGUUAUUGAAGGGAGGUCGGGAGGCUUAUCACAGUAAUCUUGUUUUAUAUAACCUCGUACAAGAAGCACUGGCACUGCAUAAUGUGAACAACGCUGUCGCUCUGGUCAGUAAAAGAGAAGACAUCGAGGACCUGUUGACUUUGACCGAUUUUAUUGAUCUCGUUAUACCACGAGGCUCGAACUCACUGGUACGCACCAUAGAGCGACAAAGCCAAGGCAUCCCGGUACUUGGUCACAGUGAGGGAAUCUGUCAUGUCUAUAUCGAUAGUGAUGUGAACCAUGAAAUGGCAGUCAGAAUAGUUGAAGAUUCAAAAUGUGAUUACCCGUCGGCAUGCAAUGCCAUGGAGACACUUUUAAUUAAUAAAUGCCAUAUGACAAAUGGAUUAUUCGAAGAUAUAUGUGAUACACUGAAAGGUAGACAGGUACGGGUGUAUUCCGGACCCCGACUACAGUCGAUGCUCAAGUUUAGCCCACCGCCGGCGCCUACAUUGAGUAAGGAAUACAGUGACCUUGAGCUUACAAUUGAAGUAGUAGAUGACGUGAAUGAAGCUAUAAAUCAUAUCAACCAGUACGGAAGCUCACAUACUGACGUUAUUGUUACAGAGGACGAGAAAAAUGCUGAACGAUUCAUAGGAGGAGUUGACAGUGCUUGUGUAUUCCACAAUGCCAGCACGCGAUUUGCUGACGGUUACAGGUUUGGACUAGGGGCUGAAGUUGGCAUAAGUACAUGCAGAAUACAUGCCAGGGGACCAGUAGGAGUUGAGGGACUGCUCACAACAAAAUGGAUCCUGGAAGGGAACGGACAAGUUGUAAAAGAUUUCAAUGAAGGAACUCGUCAGUACUUACAUUCUCAGGAGUCGAGUUCUUGUGCUCAAUAAAAUUUUGUUCAAAUGGCAUACAUUUUCUUCUAUUCCGAUAAAAUGCCUUUUUUUGGGGCCUAUUAUUGAUAAGUUGCUUACAUGACAAUUCUGCAGUUAUAUAAAAAUAUAAAAGGAAAAGAAAAACUUCGAGAGUCAACCUUUUUUUUAAAUUUUUUUUUUGACAGAAUAUUGUACAAAUACAUGUACUAUUUAUCAGUGAUUUGUUAGCCCUCUUAACCCUUAUCAUGCUGGACACGAUUGAUUCUGCCUUUGCGACCAGUGUAGAUCAUGAUCAGCCUGUACAUCCGUGCAGUCUGAUCAUGAUCUGCACUGUUCGCCUUGCAGUCAGUAUCUUUUUGAUAAACACCCCUUUUAACAGAAAAUGGUACUGUCCAAAUUGAAAGGUGGACAAUUCCGUUAUAGAAAUUUAGCAGGGUAUGGAUUAAUUUAAUAGAUCUCGAGUAUAAAACAGCUCAAGCAAAUUUUGAUCUCCAUCAUGCUUGUUUAUCAUUUCUCUCACAAACCCAGCAUAAAAGGUUAAAUCGAAUCUUAGCUUUAAUUGUUAUUCCGUUUCGAAACGAAACGUGGGAAAAUUCGUCUGCGGAUACAUACGUGUUUAUGUAUUCGCAUGUUAUGAAGGCAAUUAGUUAUUUUUUGUCUUGAGUAUGUAUGUUGUAAUUUAAUUAAUAUAAUUAAUAUGUGCAUUUAUCAGUAUUUGAACAAGUGAUAUGUAAUUAUAUCAAUUAAUACUAUUUUGCCUUUGUCAGUCGUAUAUUGUCCGAGGAUCAUAAACGUUUUCUUGAUUAAUAUCUGUUCAUACAAACGGGCAUAGUUGAAGGAAGGGAUAUAAAGAGUGUUAAUAUGUAUAAAAGUUUUGCAACAUGAUAUGUAUUGAAAUGAACUGCGAUUAAAUUGAACCAAUUUCUUUUGCGUUGUCUUUCUCUUCGAUCAGAAAAAGAAAUAAGUCUUUCUGAUCCUUGUUGUACACGAUGUGAUAGAGUUCAGGAAUGAAACUGUUGCUAAAACAAGUCAGUGCAGUAGAAAUAUUACUCAAGUUGUCUGAAGCAUUAACCAUUCCCUUUUCCUACACCCACAUUUCCAUAUAUACUCACAUUGCAAGAUUGAUCCGAGUUCAAAGUAUUUCUGGACUCUACUAUGAAUAACUAAGUGUCAAAUUUCACGUUGUAGAUAAAUAUAUAUAUGUUCUGCAUG